CCUUGGCCUCCCAAAGUGCUGGGAUGACGUGUGUGAGCCACUGCACCUGGCUUAUUGUGCCUUAUUUCAAUAACGUGCUGCUGAAAUGUGUUGAAGCCAAGGCAUGUUCGCUGGCUGCGUUGUCACUGAGACGAGCCCUGACACCCACUGCUCUGGACCCUGCUGGGCUGCUUUGCAGGCCCAGUGUCUACAAACAACAGAACAGAGGUAGUGAGGACCCAGGCUGGGCUAAGGCGACCUCAAACUACAGAGUGCCUGAGGCCGCUUCCUGGAACUGGACAAGCCACCUGCUGCUGAGGACCCAGGCUGGCUCCCCGCAUCUGUGCUGGGUGCUCUGGGCCCCCAUCCCCUUGUUCCUCAGUCCACCCGUGUGUCAGCACUCUGCAGAAGGUAUAGAUGAGAGAGAGGAAGAGUGCACCGAGUACGUCCCUGACAUUGAAAGCCCUUGUACACCACUGAUUCAUCACAAAUUCUUAUGGUUGGAAUUCAUGAGGCCCCCGUUUCCCUGAUGGGCAAGGUGUUGUGUCCCUUGUGUCUGAUGAGCCGUGACAUGGCUACGUGAAUAGUACCACAGCCAGACCUGACUGGCUUUUGGCCACAGCUGCAGGGAGGACGCAGGGGCCUCAGGACUGCUUGUGGCUCCAAGUGGUGAAGCCCUGUCCCUGGUAAAGUCUCCUGGAACCAGCAGGAGGAAACAUGGGGGAGACCGGCCUGAGAAAGCGGAGAGAGGAUGAGAAGUCGAUCCAGAGCCAAGAGCCCAAGACCACCAGUCUCCAAAAGGAGCUGGGCCUCAUCAGUGGCAUCUCCAUCAUCGUGGGCACCAUCAUCGGCUCCGGGAUCUUCAUCUCCCCUAAGUCUGUGCUCAGCAACACAGAAGCCGUGGGGCCCUGCCUCAUCAUAUGGGCGGCUUGCGGGGUCCUCUCGACGCUGGGUGCCCUGUGCUAUGCAGAGCUUGGCACGAUGAUCACCAAGUCUGGGGGUGAGUACCCCUACCUGAUGGAGGCCUACGGGCCCAUCCCCGCCUACCUCUUCUCCUGGGCCAGCCUUUUCGUGAUGAAGCCCUCGUCCUUCGCCAUUAUCUGCCUCAGCUUCUCCGAGUACGUGUGCUCACCCUUCUACCCAGGCUGCAAGCCUCCUGAAAUUGUUGUGAAAUGCCUGGCUGCCGCCGCCAUCUUAUUCAUCGCGACGGUGAACUCACUGAGCGUGCGGCUGGGAAGCUAUGUCCAGAACAUCUUCACCACGGCCAAGCUGGUGAUCGUGGCCAUCAUCAUCAUCACGGGGCUCGUGCUCCUGGCCCAAGGAAACACAAAGAAUUUUGAGAAUUCUUUCGAGGGCACCCAGCUGUCUGUGGGAGCCAUCAGUCUGGCGUUUUACAAUGGACUCUGGGCCUACGAUGGAUGGAAUCAACUGAAUUACAUCACAGAAGAACUGCAAAACCCUUACAGAAACCUGCCCUUGGCCAUUGUCAUCGGGAUCCCCCUGGUGAUGGCAUGCUACAUCCUCAUGAACGUGUCCUACUUCACCGUGAUGACCACCACCGAGCUCCUGCAGUCCCCGGCCGUGGCUGUGACAUUUGGUGACCGUGUUCUCUAUCCAGCUUCUUGGGUCGUUCCACUUUUUGUGGCAUUUUCAACCAUCGGUGCUGCUAAUGGGACCUGCUUAACAUCGAGCAGACUCAUUUACGUGGCGGGCCGGGAGGGCCACAUGCUCAAAGUGCUUUCUUACAUCAGCGUCAAGCGCCUCACUCCAGCCCCUGCCAUCAUCUUUUAUGGUAUCAUAGCAACUAUUUAUAUCAUCCCUGGUGACAUAAACUCGUUAGUCAAUUAUUUCAGCUUUGCUUCGUGGCUCUUUUAUGGCUUGACGUUUCUAGGACUCAUUGUGAUGAGAUUUACAAAGAAAGACCUGGAAAGGCCUAUCAAGGUGCCCAUAGUCAUCCCCGUCUUGGUGACGCUCAUCUCUGUGUUUUUGGUUCUGGCUCCGAUCAUCAGCAAGCCCGAGUGGGAGUACCUCUACUGUCUGCUGUUUAUAUUGAGCGGCCUUAUAUUUUACUUCCUGUUUGUCUACUUCAAGUUUGGAUGGGCUCAGAAAAUCUCAAAGCCGAUUACCAUGCAUCUUCAGAUGCUAAUGGAAGUGGUCCCACCAGAGGAAGAGCCUGAGUAACAAGCUCCAUCUCUUGUAGCUAAGUCAAAGCUGAAUUUAUUUUCUUAAGGAAAAAUUGUGGUUAUUUCUUAUGAAUAAAAUAUACUCAGAUGUUUA